AUGUCCGCUGGUCUUGAUAGCCAGCGGUUGGAAGCCGUCUUCCAGUCGCGGCCAGACAUUUUGAAGGGGAUUCAAAAAGCAGCCGACACUCCCGAUCGGGUCGCACUUUUCAACAACAUCGCCAGCUUCGUUUACGAACAAAUCAACGGACCAGAGCCGGCAUCGAAGCGCAGGCGAGUCGACGGUGGUCCCACAAAUGGAUUCAAGGCGACAAAUGGUACGGCUGCAGUAGGCGCAUCCAAGAGUUCUGGGCCACGCAAUGCGGCGGACGAGGAUGUCCUCCUUGAGAUCAAAGAGAUAUCUGUUUCGGUACCGCAGCGCAAGAAGUACGAACUCUGCUUUACGGCAAAUCAUCUCUAUGCGCGUGUGCCAGGCACAACUACACCCGUAGAGGGAAUCAUCUAUCCCUGGGAAGAUAUUGAGUACGCCUUCUACCUGCCUGUACCUGAAAAAACCCAAGUCCAGCACAACUACGUCCUGUUUCCCCGAGGAACUUGCCUCCCUACAAAAACAGCCCCCGAAAAGGAGGCUCUGGUGUUCACCGUUCCCUCUACGCCCCCUAAGCAAGGCACAAUUGCUGGGCCAAAAGCGACUGCUGCUGCUGCCGUCUCAGACACGUACCGCAGCCUCUUUGACUGGGCUCUGACAACUCACCUCAGCUCUGCAGGCAAUGCUGUGGAGAUUGUCUCCGCAGAUCCAGCCAAGUUCCACAGCCUUGUCCGCCAGCCACACAGGCCAAACGAGAAGGCAGUACACGUCAAGGCCUUCCGGGGGUCCAAAGACGGCUACCUCUUUUUCUUGCCUAACGGCAUCUUGUAUGGCUUCAAGAAGCCGCUCGUGUUCCUGCCUACCGACCGCAUUGUUGCCGUAAGCUAUACUAACAUUCUGCAACGGACAUUCAAUAUGGUCGUUGAGGUCUUCGCCGAAGGUGAUGCGACAGAAGAGAUUGAGUUUGGCAUGCUGGACCAGGAGGACUACGCUGGCAUUGAUGAGUCGUAUGUCAAGCGUCACGGUCUGCAGGACCGCAGCAUGGCGGAACAGAGGAAAGCCAAGAUGGAGCUUACGGAAAACCUGAAAGCGAAAAAGGGCGAGGACGCCGAGGCCGCUGCGAACGGCGCUGUUGCCGGCACUGGCUUGUCGGAACUGGCGAAGGCGCAUCUUGAGGCAGAACAACAGCUUCAGGAUGAUGAAGAUGAAGAUGAAGAGGACUACGACCCUGGCAGCGAUGGAGAGAGCGAGGGCUCUGGGUCUGACAGUGAUGACGACGACGACGAUGACGAUGACGAUGCUGAAGGAGAUGGUGACGAGGAGAUGGACGACGAUGAAGGAGAGGAAUAA